UUUUGCUGAAGAAAAGACAACACUCGCUACCAUGGUCCGUAUCUCACUUGAGAAUAUGCCCUCCUCAUUCAAAACUACAGAGCCAGGAAGCCAGCCCUUUCAUUCCUUCGUCUUCUUCUCUGCAAACGAAAAGGCCAAGAGCUUCUCUGAUACUUCUCUCUUUCAUUUUCGACCUAUAAAAUGGCAGACUUGGAGCCCUUGCUGGGCGUUCAGGAACCUCCACAUGUCAUUACUAAAUCUACACGUAUCGCUUCUCUCGAUGUCUUUCGCGGCCUCUGUGUCUUUCUAAUGAUGCUUGUUGAUUAUGUGGGUUCGAUUUUCCCAAUUAUUGCUCAUUCUCCUUGGAACGGCCUUCGCUUGGCAGAUAUUGUGAUGCCUUUCUUUCUUUUCGUAGCUGGAGUUUCUCUGGCUCUUGUCUAUAAGAAAGUAUCAAACAGAGUAGAUGCCACACGGAAGGCAGUGCUAAGGGCAGUAAAACUAUUUUUGCUGGGUGUUUUUCUUCAAGGUGGUUAUUUUCAUGGGAUAAAUUCUUUGACCUAUGGUGUUGACAUUGAAAGAAUACGUUGGCUGGGCAUUUUGCAGAGAAUAUCUAUUGGCUACAUUGUUGCGGCUUUAUGUGAGAUCUGGCUGUCACGUCGAACACACAGGGAAGUAGGUUUCUUCAAGAGUUAUUAUUGGCACUGGAUUUUGGCAUUUUCAUUGUCAGCAAUGUAUCUGGGAUUAGUAUAUGGUUUAUAUGUUCCUGAUUGGAGAUUUGAAAUAUCAAGUCCAACUUCUUCUAUGCUUCCAAUCAAUGGCAGCUAUGCUUACAUGGUGAAAUGUUCUGUAAGAGGUGAUCUUGGACCAGCUUGUAAUUCAGCUGGAAUGAUUGAUCGCUAUGUUCUUGGUAUUGACCAUCUAUAUGCAAAACCUGUGUACAGAAACCUGAAGGAAUGUAAUAUGACAAACAGCCAAGUUUCAGAAAGUUCACCUUCAUGGUGUCAUGCUCCUUUCGAUCCUGAAGGUCUUUUAAGCUCCUUAACAGCUGCAGUGACCUGCAUAAUUGGACUUCAGUGUGGUCAUGUUCUUGCUCACAUACAGGACCACAAGGAGCGUAUACAAAACUGGUCUUUAUUUUCCGUUUCACUUCUUCUCCUUGGAAUGCUCCUUGCCUUUAUAGGCAUCCCAGUGAAUAAAUCUCUCUAUACGAUUAGUUAUAUGCUGAUUACUUCUGCUUCUGCAGGAAUCACAUUUUGUGCUUUAUACUUGCUGGUAGAUGUAUAUGGUUACAGAUGGGUGACAACGCCACUGGGGUGGAUGGGAAAGCAUUCCUUAAGUAUCUUUGUUCUUGUAACUUCUAACAUAGCUGUUAUUGCAAUUCAAGGAUUCUACUGGUCUAAGCCUGAAAAUAACUUGAUUCACUGGAUCGUCGCGUGCUUCGUGAACAGAUGAUAUCCUUAUGUGGAUGCUCUACAUUGGGUAGAAACUUUGAAACUUGCUCAAGUUAGAAUUCAUCCUUUCUCUUUCCGCAGAAGUCUUACUACAUUUUAUUGAUCUUCACAAGGCAAAAGGUGGGCAAGAAGCUAUUUUUUAAGCACGAGUGAAUGUGGGAAUUACACUGUUUCAGAUUCCAGAAAACGAGAUCAUGGAGGAGUGAUCCCAAUUUUUCUGUAAUUUUCCAUGAAAUGGAGCUCCGAAAGCUUGCGCUUGACAAUAAUGUAGUUUACUCAAUUUUUUGGAAUGAAAUGACCACAUUUCAAAUCUAUCAGUUGAAGCAGUCCUCUUCCUUCUUCUGUUUAUCCCUUUUUCCCCUUCAAAUUUUCUCUUUCAAAUUUCUAGCCAACAUUGUAUCCAUAUUGAAUGAAAUCUGUAAGGUAAUUUGAAAAUUUUCUUUUAAACA